AAGGCAAAUAUCACAGACGAUCACAAUCGAGGGCGACCUGAAGGACACAGUUCCAAGUAAGAGGAAAUUUUCAGACAAACUUCUGAAAAUAGGAAAAUGGCUGGGUUUAACAAAAUGGGUUGCAUCUUGACUGCUUUUCUAGUGUUUAUGUUUCUGCAACUUUGCAGCGCUACCCGUUACUAUGAUUGGGUUCUGCAAGAAAAAAAUUUUACAAGGCUUUGCAGCACGAAGAGCAUCUUAACAGUGAAUGGGGGUUUUCCGGGGCCAGCCAUUCAAGUUCACAAAGGAGAAACUAUUUACGUCAACAUCCGCAACCAAGGAUUAUAUGGUGUCACCAUUCAUUGGCACGGAGUGAAGCAGCCGAGAAAUCCAUGGUCGGAUGGACCUGAGAACAUAACUCAGUGCCCGAUUCAACCGGGAUCUAACUUUACCUACGAGGUUGUAUUUUCCAGUGAAGAAGGAACAUUAUGGUGGCACGCUCAUAGUGAUUGGACACGUGCAACUGUUCAUGGCGCCAUUGUUGUAUUACCGGCUGCCGGCACGACAUAUCCAUUUGCAACUCCAUAUGCACAGCAAACAAUUAUUUUAGCUUCAUGGUUUAAGGCAGAUGUGAUGGAAGUAAUUAACUCUGCACUCGCAACCGGUGCAGAUCCAAACACCUCUGAUGCCUUCACAAUCAAUGGACAACCUGGCGACUUAUACAGUUGCUCCAAGGCAUCAACAUACCGUUUGUUGGUUGACUACGGCAAGACCUAUAUGCUACGCAUAAUCAACGCUAUCAUGAACGAAGAACAGUUUUUCGCCAUUGCCAACCACAACCUCACAGUGGUCACCCAAGACGCGUCCUACAUAAAACCCAUCACUACCCCGUACAUCAUGAUAACUCCAGGCCAAACUAUGGACGUUUUGGUCACCACAAACCAGCCUCGCAGCCAUUACUACAUGGCUUCAACUGCUUACAAUGACGGCGAUGUACCAUAUCACAACGGCACAACCACGGCCAUUCUUCAAUAUCGAGGAAACUAUUCCACCCCAUCAACCACUCCGUUACCCAACCUUCCUAUCCAUAAUGACACAACAGCUGCUGACAACUUCACCGCCCGUGUGAAGUCUUUGGCAAGCAAGGCACACCCCAUCAGUGUUCCGACAAACAUCACGACCAGGAUCUACAUGACUGUUUCUAUCAAUGAACGGAUUUGUGCUAACGCUUCUUGUGCCGGGCCGAAUAAUAAUGCCAUUGCUGCUAGCUUAAACAACAUCAGUUUUGAUACUCCCUCCAUUGAUAUACUACAAGCUUAUUAUAGGGGAAUAAAUGGAGUUUUUCAGGGCAACUUCCCAUCCAACCCGCCUCUUUUUUUCAAUUUCACCGGAGAAGUGGUAAACAGUACCAAAUAUCCGACCUUCGCAACCAAAGCAAAGUUCCUCAAAUAUGGUGAAGGAGUUGAAAUAAUUUUCCAAGGGACGAACCUCGUUGCUCCUGAGAACCAUCCAAUGCAUCUCCAUGGUUUUAGUUUUUAUUUGGUUGGAACAGGUUACGGGAAUUUUAACAAAGCCACCUCACCUAAAACAUACAAUUUGGUUGAUCCACCAGAAGCCAACACCAUUGGCGUUCCAAAGAACGGAUGGGCUACCAUCAGAUUCGUAGCUGAUAAUCCUGGAGUAUGGUUUAUGCAUUGUCAUUUGGAAAGGCAUGCCAGUUGGGGAAUGGAUACUGUGUUCAUAGUAAGGAAUGGAAACACGGAAGAGUCGAAGCUUCGCCCACCACCUGCCCAUAUGCCUCCUUGCUCCAAGUCUUAGAUUUUGGAAUUUUAUUUUGCUUCCUCUAAAUAAAUUCAGAUAUUUAUUUCGACUUAAUUUGUAAUAAUAAAUAAUUGUUCUUUUUAUUCCUACUUCAAUUUGCGUGGAAAGCGUGCUAUUUGUAAGGAAUUUUACGUGGAAAGCUUGCUUGGAUUUUUGCAA